GCGGAGACAUGAUUAUUCAUUCGUGCCGUAGCCUACUUCAUAACCUAGGCUGCUUGACAGCUGAGAGGAUUAUCAGUUAUAGUCGCCUGUUGUGUGUGUAUGUGUAGGCUAUAACCAAUAUUGGCUAAUUUACAUUGCAAUCAUGGCCAAAUCAUGCACUGGAAAAGAUGUGGCGGAGCGUAUUGGAUACAUCACACGAGUACAAUCUUUCAGCGCUUGCCAUCGACUGCACAGUAAAUGUCUGAGCGACGAGGAUAACAAAAGAGUAUUUGGAAAGUGCAACAAUCCCAAUGGACAUGGACACAAUUACAAAGUGGAGGUGACUGUGCGAGGUAAAAUCGACCGUCACACUGGCAUGGUCAUGAACCUCACAGAUCUAAAAAAGUACAUUGAGGAGGUAAUCAUGAUUCCACUGGAUCACAAAAACUUGGACAGGGAUGUCCCAUACUUUUCUGAUGUAGUCAGCACAACAGAGAACGUGGCAGUGUUCAUCUGGGACAGCUUGUGCACGGUCAUCCCUGACGGCCUUCUCUACGAGGUGAAGAUCCACGAGACGGACAAGAACAUCGUAGUGUACCGGGGAGAGUGAGGCCGACCCGUCCAUGACCUCGUAGGGGUCAAAGGUCACGCUCAGUGCUGGGUGUGGGUUUUCAUUUAUUUUUUUUAAGUGGGUGGGAAAUGUCCCAUGUAUAAUGAAACUUAAGUAAGCCUGUGGUGUGUAUAAUGCACACAAUCUAAGUUGUGGCUGAAUAUGUAUUGAUGAGAUUUUAUCCAAAACCCAAAGGUCAUUUUACACUUUACAGCCAGACCAGUACACUUUGUGUUAUUGAUGAAAAAGUAUGUUUGCCAAAUUUGUCUAUUUUCAGUGUAAAAUUAAAUUGAUACAUUCCAAUCCCUAUUCUUGAUAGGACUGAAGUAGAUUUUUUUAUGAAAAUUGUAAAUCCACCACAAUCUUUUAGAUUUUUUACCCAAGUCCAUCCAAUGUGACCAAUUCUAAAAACCUAAAUAAUAUGUUAAGUUUGAGUUACGUUUUGUUAAGUUUGUUAACAAACUUAACAACGUUGAUUACGUUUUAUGUUUACUCUUAUUGACAGUUGAUGCUGUGACUUCCCAAAGACUUGUUACAAUAAAAGAGAAAAACACAUGGUUAAACUAAA